AUGUCACUAUUGAUCCUUUCAUUUGAUAACUCAUCCGAUCGCAUCGGUGUUCAUCUUCAUCGACUUUUGAAUUCUUCAUUAAUAGGAAACUAUCCUCACACUGCGUCAUUUUGCUCAUGUCGUCAAUUGUUCUUCUCUUCAAUAGACGACUUCGAGAAAAUCUUUGCUACGUCUUUAAAACUUGAUCUUCUUUCUCAUAAUGAUCUGCUUGGCUUCAUUAUUCUCAUCGACAUUGCCACAACGAACAAACUACAUUUGAAUUAUCUUUCGUCCAUCACCUCCUUACUGAUUUAUCUCAAUACGAAGCAUUCAUUUCAACAAAUUCUUACAUUUAUUAUUCACGCCAGUUCUACGAACCAACUUUAUACCUCAUCAUUGACCUGUUUCAAUCUAAAUCUAAUCCUUCUACACGUUUAUCCCUAUGUAACCGGAAUUGUCUUUCUAAAUAUCGAUCAAAUUGAUCAACAUGAACUCUACCAUGAAACUAUUGCUAAACAAAUCGCAUCAAUCUUUCUCCCGGUUUCGUCGUUACGCGAAGAGAGAAAACGCAUUGUGAACAAAAGUGUCUGUAUUGAAUUUCUUCAAUUUCUUCAACAUUUACUCAAUAACCCGAAUAAGAAGAUCUUAGUUUUGCUCACAAACAAUCUGAAAAAGUAUUUUAAUCAAUCGUCUUACGCCUCAUUGCUUAUCCAACGAGGAAAACCCUCGAUAACAUCUAACGAAACACCAGGGAACAACUUGGACGUGUGGAAUUCGUUCGAAACAAAUCUCGAUAAAUUACAAGUGACGCUCAUCGUAAACAACGAUGAAUUCACCGAAAAUCUUCUCGAAAAGCUGAUUCUUCAACCGUUUGAAAAGAAAACUCGAAUGAACAAUGCCUAUUUCUACUGGUUAAAGAAAAAAUUCCAUCUAGACUCUCUUGAAGAACAAUUAAAUCAAGGUAUUUUAUUGUGUAAAAAAGUCAUUUUAGACAAAUAA